AUGGCUUCUCCAAAGUUCAACACCAAAUCUCCCACCAUCCGGCGCAUCCGUGAGUCCUCCGUCUCCCCUCCUCUUCCCGCAGAAAGCCAAGCCCUAACCAAGCUCUCUCCCCUCGGCCACACAGUCCGCGAGGCCCAAGAGCUCUCCUCCUCCCCCUCCCCAGACUACACCGCCACGCCCCUCGAGACCGACCUGUUCGAGUGGCACUUCACCCUGCGCGGCCCGCCCAACAGCCCCUACGCCGACGGCAUCUACCACGGCCGCAUCGUCCUGCCGCCCUCGUACCCGCUCCGGCCCCCGUCCUUCCGCUUCCUCACCCCGAGCGGCCGCUUCGAGGCCAACCGCGAGAUCUGCCUCUCCAUCAGCGGCCACCACGAGGAGACCUGGCAGCCCGCCUGGGGCGUCCGCACCGCCCUCGUCGCCCUGCGCUCCUUCAUGGAGACCGACCCCAAGGGCCAGGUCGGCGGGCUCGACGCCACCGACGCCGUCCGCCGCCGCCUCGCCGCCGAGUCCGCCGCCUGGGCCUGCCCCACCUGCGCCGCCGGCCGCACCAACGCCGACGUCAUGCGCCAGUGCAAGGACGACUACGAGGCCGCCGCUGCCGCUGCCGCCGCCGCCACCGGCUCGGGGAACAACAAGGAAGGAGGACCGGGGGACGAGGUCGUCGUGCCGGCCGAGCUGCGUCUAGGCUUCCGGGACGAGAUGGAGGCCGCGGCGGCCGCGGCAGCGGCAGCAGCUAGCAAGACGGAGGCCAGCGGCGGCGGAGGAAAGGGCCCCGCGGCGGAGGACGCCGAGAGCGCCGAGCUGGCGGAGGGCUUCGUGCAGACGGUGGCGCCCCCGCGCGCCGAGCAGAGGCCGCGCGAUCAGCAGCCCCGCACCCCGCAGCCGCACGCGCCCGCCGUGGCCGCGGCACCGCGGCCCCAGCCCACGAGGACGAUCCCCCUGCCCAACCCGCAGCCGCCUGUGCUGGCGCAGGCGCAGGCACAGCUGCAGCAGCAGCAGCAGCAGCAGGUGCACCGCAACUCGUCGGCCGCCGAGGCCGUGCCGCUGUGGGUCGACCGGGCCAUCGUCAUCAUCGCCGUGCUGCUCAUCGCCAUGCUGAUUAGGACCUUUGCUGCAUGA